CUCCCGCCCCACGUAGCCAUUUUGCGUUUCCUGGACAAAAAAGGGGGUUAGACAGAAAGACAAUCAGAAACACGGGAUAAAAUUAGUCUUAAAAUCACACGUUCAAUCAAAAGUGCGGAUGUAAGUGUGCAAUAUGAUAGGCGCGGGAGCGGGCGAGCAGGUACACCAGCCCCGGCCCGAAUUCAGAAAGGAAACCGUCGGCUAGCUGGCUAACGGACCGUUAGCGAGAGUGAGAGAUAAAGACUUCAUACACUCCAAAGACUUUUAGGAUAUUGAUACUUAUCGAAUUGUACUCUUCUGCACGCUCGAAGGCGGACGUUAGUAGGAAUAUGGGCCGUGUGUUGAUUUGAAACGUCGCAACGGGCAAAAUAAAACAGCAAACGCCACGGUUUACUUGCGGAGGAAGCCGGAUAACUGUUUAUUCACGGGGAAUAAAGAGGAAAAUCGCAGAGCGCCACGGAGCCAGUCAUGCCUGCCAGUGUGCGUACUGGGACCCUGAAGGACUCUGAGGUGUCUGAGCUCUUCUAUAGAGAUGAUCCAGAGAAGCUCUUCACUGACCUCCGGGAGAUUGGUCAUGGCAGCUUUGGAGCAGUGUACUUUGCUCACGAUGUGCGGUCCAACGAAGUGGUGGCCAUCAAGAAGAUGUCGUUCAGUGGCAAACAGUCUAAUGAGAAAUGGCAGGACAUCAUAAAGGAGGUGAAGUUCUUGCAGAAGCUCAGACACCCCAAUACCAUCGAAUAUAAAGGGUGCUACCUCAGAGAGCACACAGCAUGGCUGGUGAUGGAAUACUGUCUAGGAUCAGCCUCUGAUCUGUUAGAGGUGCAUAAAAAGCCUCUGCAGGAGAUGGAAAUAGCUGCUAUUACCCACGGUGCACUUCAGGGCCUUGCCUACCUUCACUCUCAUAACAUGAUACACAGAGAUGUGAAGGCUGGAAAUAUUCUGCUAACUGAGCCUGGUCAGGUGAAGCUUGGAGAUUUUGGCUCUGCCUCAAUCGUUUCUCCUGCCAACUCUUUUGUGGGUACACCUUACUGGAUGGCCCCAGAAGUGAUCCUGGCCAUGGACGAGGGGCAGUACGACGGAAAAGUGGACGUCUGGUCUCUCGGGAUCACUUCCAUCGAACUAGCUGAAAGGAAGCCACCCUUGUUCAAUAUGAAUGCUAUGAGUGCCUUAUACCACAUUGCGCAAAAUGAAAGCCCUGUCUUGGCGUCAAACCACUGGUCGGACUACUUCCGUAACUUUGUGGACUCAUGUCUUCAAAAGAUCCCUCAGGACAGGCCUACCUCAGAUGUGCUGCUCAAUCACCAUUUCUUAUGCCGAGAGCGCCCCCAUUCUGUAGUGAUGGAUCUGAUCACGCGCACCAAAGACGCCGUGCGAGAGCUGGACAACCUGCAGUACAGGAAGAUGAAGAAGAUCCUGUUUCAGGAAACUCACAACGGCCCCGUACAGGAAGGAGGAGAGGAGGAAGAGGAAGGGGAGCAGUACCUCUUGCAGACGGGCACAGUGAACAGUAUGGAGAGCUCUCAGUCUGUACCUUCAAUGUCCAUCAGCGCCAGCUCCCAGAGUUCCUCAGUGAACAGCCUGGCCGAUGGCUCCGAUGACAGUGCAGAGAUGGCUAUGAUGCAGGAGGGAGAACAGACUGUCACUUCAAACAGCUCAAUCAUCCAUCGCCCCUCUGCACGUGAUAAUAUUUACGAUGACCCCUAUCAGCCGGAGAUGGAGUCUCAACAGCCGGCCUCAUCUGCCGCUCGGAGGAGGAUACACAGAAACCGAGAUCACUUUGCCACUAUUCGCACAGCCUCUGUGGUAACCCGUCAGAUUCAGGAGCAUGAACAGGGCUCAGCUCUGAGGGAGCAGAUGUCAGGAUACAAGCGCAUGAGGCGGCAACACCAGAAACAGCUGCUAGCUCUGGAGAACAAACUCAAAUCGGAGAUGGAUGAACAUCAGCUCAGGCUGGACAAAGAGCUGGAGACCCAGAGGAACAACUUUGGCAGUGAGGCUGACAAGCUCGGUAAAAAACACCUGGCCAUCCUGGAAAAAGAGAUUAAAGGUGCUCAGACAGAAGAGAAGAAAUUUCAGCAGCACAUUUUGAACCAGCAGAAGAAAGAGCUUAACAGCUUGCUGGAUAAUCAGAAACGGCAGUACAGGCAACGCAAGGACCAGCUGAAGGAGGAGCUGAGUGAGAAUCAGUCCACGCCAAAGCGAGAGAAGCAGGAGUGGUUGGUGAGGCAGAAGGAAUGUCUGCAGCAGAUCCAGGCUGAGGAAGAGGCUUCAUUGUUACGACGGCAGAGGCAGUAUUACGAGCUGCAGUGCCGACAGUAUAAGAGGAAGAUGCUGCUCGCGAGACACAAUCUGGAACAGGACCUGCUCAGAGAGGACCUAAAUAAGCGUCAAACCCAGAAGGAUUUGGAGUGUGCCAUGUUGUUGAGGCAUCACGAGUCCACUCAGGAGCUGGAGUUCAGGCAGCUGGCAUUGGUCCAACGCACUCGAGCCGAUCUGAUCCGAACGCAGCACCAGAGUGAACUGGCCAAUCAGAUGGAGUACAAUAAACGGCGUGAGCAGGAGCUUCGUCAGAAACAUGCUGUGGAGGUCCGCCAGCAACCCAAAAGCUUAAAGACGAAAGAGCUCCAGAUCAAACGUCAGUUCCAAGACACUUGUAAGAUUCAGACACGCCAAUACAAAGCCCUGCGGAACCACCUGCUGGAAACCACCCCCAAAUCAGAGCAUAAAACUGUGCUGAAGAGACUCAAAGAAGAGCAAACACGUAAACUGGCCAUCUUGGCUGAGCAGUACGACCAUUCCAUCAAAGACAUGCUGUCCACACAGGCUGUGAGUAAGUUGCGAUUGGAUGAGACACAGGAGGAUGAGUAUCGAGCACUGCGCAUGCAGCUACAGCAGGAGUUGGAGCUGCUCAACGCCUAUCAGAGCAAAAUCAAGAUGCACACAGACACGCAACACGAGAGAGAGGUCAAAGACCUGGAGCAGAGGGUGUCCAUACGGAGAGCUCUUCUUGAACAAAGGAUUGAGGAAGAGAUGUUGUCUCUGCAGAACGAGCGCUCAGAGCGAAUCCGAGCUUUGCUUGAACAACAGGCUCGGGAAAUAGAGUCUUUUGACUCUGAGAGCAUGCGCUUGGGCUUCAGUAACAUGGCUUUGAGUGGCAUCCCUGCUGAGGCUUACAAUCAGGGCUACUCCAACCCUCCUUCAUCCGGGCCUGGAGGCUGGCCGUCCCGUCCUGUCCCCCGCUCAGGCAGCCAGUGGAGCCAUGGUGUCCAGAACUCAGCUGCGCCGCCCUCCUGGCGCAGUCAGAACAGCACAGCCGGAUUCAGCCGAGCAGAGCAAAUGUCCAGUCGGGAGAGAGAUCGAGACCGGGAGCUGGAGAGCAUGGCCGCCCGUGCCUAUCCAGGCUCUCGCUCCUCCGCCUCAUCGGCAUCAUCAUCAUCAUCAUCUUCCUCGCAUCAUCACCUCCGCUACAUCCCGCAGCAGUACCACCAUCAGAGCACCCCACACCUGUACCGCGACAGCCGAGAGAGAGAGUGGGGAAGUGGAGGAGGAGGUCACCACUCUUCCUCAUCCUCCUCUCAUGGCCACUCGCAUCACAUUUCUGCCCAAUCCCUCGCCCUCCUCCCUCCACCGCCGCCUCCUCCACCCAUCUCUCUUUCCUCCUCUUCUCCUCCAUCUUCCUCCUCAUCUUCAUCCUCUCAGAGUGGCUACGGAGGAAGGGGCGAAGGUUUGGUUGUCCGAGGCCCCAGUCUGAUGGCUCUGAGAAACAGCCCCGGGCCCCUGCGAAGAACAGCCUCAGGUGGAGGUGCCGGCGGGUCAGGCGGAGACGGAGGUUUGAGCCGGAGUACUUCAGUGACGUCACACAUCUCCAACGGAUCUCACCUGUCGUAUUCCUAGAGGGCGAAGUUCAGAUGGUGCCAUUUUUAUUUCUUUAUUUUUUUAGAGGGAAGGCCUUCACGCAGGAAGGCGGAGAGAGGACUUUUUAGAUGGGCAAACCUUUACUUGUAAGAAGAUAGAUCUCAGGGUUUCCAAGGGAUUCGGGAGGGCUCAGGGUUUAGAUCGGGAACUGAUAAGACGAGAUGUACUGUAACAGAAGCAGAAAGCUAUGCUGUUGUGUGUUUGCGUGUGUGGGCGGGAGGACAAAAAUAACAUAAGUGGUGCCAAUACUGUAGAUUGGGCUCAUCUUCAGCUGGUUGGUUUAUUUUUAAACUCUCUUGGAUUCUGCCGGUGUAUGUCCAGGUGAUUUCUUGCACGUUGAAAUGUGUAAUGUUCCAGCAUUACAUGACUUCUUCAUUAUUUUACACUUAAUCCUGGAUCGUAUUAAGCUGAAUUCAUUUAGUGCAAUUUAGUUCAUUUUCUGAGGAAUAGUUUGCCAAAAAAAUGAAAAGUCUGUCAUUAUUUACUCUCGGAAACAUUGUGACGAACCCUACAUGCUGAUUGGUCAAGUCUCUAGAUCUAAAAUGAAGCUGAAAACACCAUAAAGUGACUAUGAACCAUCUUUUAUUUUAGCAAUCUGAGAUUUAUAUCUGAAAAUGAAUCAAAAAUAGUACUUUAACAUUGCGCAACUUUUUCAUUAUUUUACACUUAAUUUUGGAUUGUUUUAAGCAGAGUGUAUUUAGUUCAAUUUAGUUAAUUUUCUGAGGAAUAGUUUGCCAAAAAAGAACAGUCUUUCAUUAUUUACUCUCAGAAACGUGAUGAACCCUACAUGCUGUUUGGUCAACUCUCAAGAUCCAAAAUGAAGCCGAAAACGCCAUAUAAGAUCUAUAAAAGUGACUACGAACCGUCUUUUUUUACCAAACCAAGAUUUAUGUCUGAAUAUCAAAAAUAGUACUUUAACAUUACAGGAAGAGUACAUUUAGUGCAAUUGAGUUCAUUUUCUGUGGAAUAUUUUGCCAAAAAUAAUGAAUAGUCUGUCAUUAUUUAUUCUCUGAAACGUUGUGACGAACCCUACAUGCUGAUUGGUUGACUCCCAAGUUCUAAAAUGAAGCUGAAAACACCAUAUAAGAACCAUAAAAGUGACUACAAAGCAUGUUUUAUUUUAGCAAACCAAUGUUUAUGUCUGAAAUCUAAUAAAAAUAGUACUUAAACUAUAAAUGCCAAAUGGUUUUCGCAUAGUCCAUAGUUUGCAUAGUACUUAAUAUGGAAAAAGAGCAGCAUUAUAGGGAUCGAUACUCAAAAUUGAAUAUUUCUGUUAUUUACUCACCCAGUUUCUUUGUUGAACAAAAAAGUGCAAAUUAGGUAGCACUUAAUUUUAAUGGUCCCUAGUGGACAUUUUGUUGACUAUAAGUUGCAUUGCAACUACAUGCCAAUUUUUAUUUGAGUAUAAGUAGACUGUCUGCUUAGAUACUGCUCCUUCAACAGACAUUUAACUGACUAUAAGAAACUUUGCAAGUACAUGCCAACUUACACUAACCAUACCCUAACCACACCAAACAAUCUAUUGAGAAUGUAACUUGUAAAUUCAACAAAAUGCAUUAAAGCAUGGAUCUCAAACUCAAUUCCUGGACAGCCGCAGCGCUGCACAGUUUUGCUCCAACCCUAAUUAAACACAGCUGAUCCAACUAAUCGAGGUGUUUGAGACUCUUUUAAAGAACUUAAUUAGUUGCAUCAGGUGUGUUUGAUUAAGGUUGGAGCAAAACUGUGCAGAGCUGUUUCUCUCCAGGAAUCGAAUUUGACACCUAAGAUGAUCAUCAAAAUAAAGUGAUCCCGACUUCUAUUGUAGAAAAGGAAAGUACUAUUUGAUUUACAACAUUUUUCCAAAUAUCUUAAGAAACUCAUGUUUGGGUCAAGGGUGAGUAAAUGAUGACAAAUGUUGAACUACAUCUUUACGAGAUUUAGGGACGAGUGAAUAAUGGCAGAAUGAUUCAUUGACUUUUGUGUUUGAGCCAGAUAAUCUGAGCCAGGAGAGGAUGAGUCCUACUAACAUCAAUUCUACUGCUAACGGGAGCAAGUCGGAUGCAAUAGAAAGGUGCGGUAGCAAGUUUCAGGGAGACCAGGCGUAAACUGAGGAACUAAAAGGGUGAUUAAACUGAUCUUUGUGUAAUUAUGUAGAUAGUACUAAAAAUAAACAAUACUAAAAGAACAUCUAUCAAGGGAUAGGUUUCUAACUGUACAUUUGUAUUCGAGUCAAGGGUCAGAAGGCGUUUUUUAUUUUGAAACGUGUUUAGCUUGUUUUAAAGUAAUGCCACAUAUGUCAUACUGCCAUCUAGAGGCUAAGCAAAAGCAACUCCGCCCAUCGUCCUUAUAAGGACAAGCUGCCAUUUAAGUUGCAAUUUGGGCUGUAAUUUAGCUUGUUUUUAGCGCUCGUUACUUUGAAAAAGAGAUUGAACCUGGCUAGGUGAAUAAGCCAUUUCUUUUGCCCGUGUAUAUAGGAUGUACAUGUCCAUAAGAGAGUUGAGUUUCCGCGCAUGAGACUGAUGUACAGAGACCGUUUGUAUACAAACGUACACACAGCAGACGUUUAUAUAUGACUUUGAGUAUAUAUAUAUAUAUAUGUGUAUAAUACAUCACCCGCCGGAGGUUUAAUGGAGAACGCUGAAAGAUUGUUUCCUGCUCACACUUUUGAUCUAUAUUGUACUUCUACGACAUGUGUGUGUGUGUGUGUGUGUAUAUACAAGCACUAACUCUUAUAUAGGGUAAUAAUAAUUUUGCUAUGUGAAUUGGAGAGUGAGAUGGGGAAAACAAAUUAGAUACUGUCAUUAUUGUUACAACUACUGCCGCUGUAAUAUUUGUGUUGUACACUAAUUUUAAGGUUUUUUUUAUUAUUAUUUUUAUCAAUGCUUACCACUAGGUGGGAAAUAUUACAGUGUCACGGUCUUGUUUUAGAUUUAAAAAACAAAACAAAAAAAACAACAAAAAAAGGACUACCUAUCCCAGCAUUCCUUGUUACAUCUCAGGGUAGGAGUCUAUUGUGCAGUGCGUUGUCAGGAGAGUAGUAUUUUAGAGCCAGUAUUAAACUUGUACAGACCAUUUUAAGAGAUUUUAGCUGUAUAGAACAUUUCUAGACGACUGUAAAGUGUCUCAAAACCUGCUCUAUGAUCCGUAAGUUUGUUUUUUUCCUCUCCAUUUUACAUUUUACGUUCUGGAUUGCAUUACCUAAUUGUUUUGGCAUAUUUUUGUAUCUACAAAACAACUCCACAAGGUGUUUACAUUGACAACCAAAAUCUCCAGCAUACGCGGUGAACUACGAAGCUAGGUUUUGUCAGUGAUGUUGCAUCGUUUAUUUUUUAUUUUUUCCGAAAUGUUUUGUGCUCCCACACUGCCAGCUCUCUUUCUACACCAGCGUUCACUUGGACUCUCAGUGCAGUACCUCACUUCCCUGUGCCUGGCCAAUCACUUUUCAGUGUUCACUUCAUUGCUCCUCCCUCUUAGGUUCUUACUCGCUUACUAACAUCUGUGGACAGAAGAGGAGAAAUUAAACAAACAAUCCUCGGCCCGUCUGUAGCUCUGGGCUGCCAUGUAAUGCGUUUACAGCAACACAUGCUGGAUUCUUUUAGUGUAUUCUCUUUAAAGGGGGCGUUUCAGUAUCUGGCGGUAAUCUAAUCUGGAGGUGGUAAAUGUAUGAAAUUGACUGUCAUCGUCUGCAGUGUUUGGAGCUGGUGGAGAGUAUGGUUGUUCAGGGAGCUCUGAUUAUAAUAAUAAAAGGCCAAAUUACGUUCAGGUGAUAUGAUUACAGGACUCUUUAACACACAUGGGCUAUAGAACUUGUACAGAAAAUGAUUAACAAGUCAUUAAAAAAAGGAUACAAACCGAA